GAGGGUGGUACAAAGUUUCAGGUUGAUUCCCUGGUUCCCUCCCACCACCUUCCAACAUGUAUAUAAAUUGUCAGCCCUCCAGAGCCUCUGCCAGUUCUCUCUUCUAGACUUGCCAGAAGCAUCUGAGGACUAAAGAUGAAGAUCUUUUUACUAUUCACCUUUUCCACAUUUUUCUUGUCUGCUUUUGAACAAGCAGCUGCAUAUGCUCACUAUGACAAGAUUUUAACUCAUAGUCGAAUAAGGGCACGCGACCAAGGCCCAAAUGUCUGUGCCCUUCAGCAAGUUAUGGGAACCAAAAAGAAAUACUUCAGCACCUGCAGAAACUGGUACCAGGGAUCCAUCUGUGGAAAGAAAGCAACUGUCUUGUAUGAAUGCUGUCCUGGCUAUAUGAAGAUGGAUGGUAUGAGAGGAUGUCCUGCAGUUGCUCCUAUUGAUCAUGUAUAUGGUACUCUUGGUAUUGUGGGAGCUACCUCCACUCAGCAGUACUCCGACAUGUCAAAGCUGAGAGAAGAGAUCGAAGGAAGAGGUUCAUUCACUUUCUUUGCACCAAGUAACGAAGCGUGGGAGCAAUUAAGUUCGGAAAUUCACAGGAAUUUAAUUGACAAUGUAAAUAUCGAACUAUACAAUGCUCUCCACCACCACAUGGUAAACAAGCGCAUGUUGACAAAAGAUCUUAAGAAUGGCAUGACACUGGUAUCCAUGUAUAAUGGCCAGAAAUUGCUUAUUAACCAUUAUCCUAAUGGGGUUGUUACUGUUAACUGUGCCAGGAUCAUCCAUGGCAACCAGAUUGCUACCAAUGGUGUUGUUCAUGUAAUUGACCGUGUCCUAACCGCUGUUGGAAAUACCAUUCAAGAUUUCAUUGAAGUUGAGGAUGAUCUUUCAUCUCUCAGAGCUGCUGCCAUCACAUCAGACGUCUUAGAUACUCUUGGAAGGCCUGGUUAUUACACACUCUUUGCUCCUACUAAUGAAGCUUUUGAGCGUCUUCCAAGAGGUGUCUUAGAAAGAAUCAUGGGUGACAAGGUGGCUUCUGAAGCUCUUGUGAAGUUCCAUAUUUUAAAUACUCUUCAGUGCUCUGAAGCGAUCAUGGGUGGAGCUGUCUAUGAGACCUUAGAAGGAAACACAGUUGAAGUUGGCUGUGAUGGUGAAACUCUUACUGUGAAUGGAGUAAAGAUGGUGAAACGCAAAGAUAUUGUGACGAGCAAUGGUGUUAUCCACCUCAUUGAUAGAGUGCUAAUUCCUGAUUCUGCCAAACAAGUCAUUGAGCUUGGAGGUGCCCAGCAGACUACUUUUACAGACCUGGUGACACAACUAGGAUUAGCAUCUUCUCUAAGACCAGAAGGCCAAUACACUCUGCUGGUACCACAGAAUCGUGCUUUCUCAGAUGAUACUUUACAGAUGGAUCAACGACUUCUUAAAACAAUCCUGCAGAAUCACAUUAUAAAAGUGAAAAUUGGGCUCAAUGAACUAUACAAUGGACAAGAGCUGGAGACAAUUGGUGGAAAGCUGCUAAGAGUCUUUGUGUAUCGCACAGCUGUAUGUGUUGAAAAUUCAUGCAUGGUCAGAGGAAGUAAAGAAGGAAGGAAUGGCUUUAUUCACGUCUUUAGACAAAUCAUCAAGCCAGCAGAAAAAUCUUUGCAUGAAAUGCUGAGAAAUGAUAAGCGUUUUAGUGUUUUCCUCAGUCUGGUGAAAGCUGCAGAUUUAGAUGAUGUUCUGUCACGGCCUGGAGCAUGGACUCUGUUUGUUCCAACUAAUGAUGCCUUUAAAGGUUUGACUGAUGACGAUAAGGCUGUAUUGAUAAGAGACAAAAAUGCUCUCAGGAACAUUCUCCUUUACCACCUGACACAAGGAGUUUUCAUUGGAAGUGGCUUUGAGCCUGGUGUGACAAACAUCCUUAAAACUAUCCAAGGAGGAAAACUGUACUUGAAAACAGUGAAUGAUACUCUUCUGGUUAAUGAACUGAAGUCAAGAGAACCUGAUCUCAUGGCAACCAAUGGUGUAAUUCAUGUUAUUGAUAAACUCCUAUAUCCAGCAGAUCUGCCUGUUGGAAAUGAUCAGUUGCUCACAAUCCUGAAGAAGCUGAUCAAGUAUAUUCAAAUCAAGUUUGUUCGUGACAGUACCUUCAAAGAGAUUCCACUGACGUUUUACAAAAUUAACAUAAUUGAAAGCAACGUGCAGCCUAUCAUCACUAAGGAAGACCCAUCUAUUACACAGCUCACUAAAAUAAUUGAAGGAGAACCUGAAUUCAAAAUAGUCAGGGAGGGGGAGACAAUAACUAAAGUGAUUCAUGGAGAACCAAUUAUUAAAACAUACACCAAAAUCAUUGAUGGGCAACCUGUGGAAGUGACAGAGAAAAAAGUAACCGAAGAAAGAAUUAUUCAAGGUCCAGAAAUAAAAUAUACCAGAAUUACUGCAGGUAGUUCAGAUAAUGAAGAAAAUUUAAAGAGACUGCUUGAGGAAGAGGUUACCAAGGUGACCAAAUUUAUUGAAGGUGAUGGUCAUUUACUUGAAGAUGAAGAAAUCAAAAGACUUCUGCAGGGAGCUGGAACUGAGUACACCAAGGUUACUAAAGUAAUUGAGGGAGAACCACAGAUUAUCGAGAGAGAAAUCAAGAAAGUCCAUUUGGAAGAAGCACCUGUACGGAAAGUACAAGCAAACAAGAGGACACAAGGGGGAUCAGCAAGAAGGAGGACAAGACUAGCUUAUUCUUAAAAGCUUUUCAAGAUAGAAUCCACAGAAUUACAAAUAAACGGCGUGGUCUUUGAGAGAAAGAGAAAAUGUUUUUUUUUUAAAAAAAAAAAAAAAAGAAAAAGAAAAAAAGAACAUUAGAAAAAAAUGUGUUUUGUAUCACAACGUAAACUGAACCAUGAAUCCACAAAAAGAUGUGAAAAUGCAGAUGCUUACUAAUGGCAUAAUGCUCACUAGGGGUAUUCCAUUGGAGGUGCUAUAAAUGCUCUUAACAGUAGGCAUUAUGCAAGGAGGAAUCCUGGAACUGCUGAAGGCACAAGAAAAACUUCCUCCAAAUUCUGUAGAGCCAGGAUUCCCUCUUAAAUUGGUUAGUAAAUGUUUGCAGGAUGGGAUUCAAAAACAGCAGGGAACAAUGCAGAAUGUAUAUUUUUUAAUUAUUUUUAUUUCCACUAAAUAAGAAAUAUAAAUGAAAUCAGAUCCUUUCUGGAGAAAAAAUCACCUCAGGUGACUUUUAGAAUGAGGAUUGUAAGGUAUUAUGAGUGUUAGCGUAGCACUUUCGGUUCAGUAGAAUUGUAUGUCCUUUAUAAGUCAGAUUUUGUCAUGUUUUUAAUGUCAUAGUGAAAUGGAUAACAUUACCUUUUCUAAACAAAGAAAUAAGCCUUAUAUUCAGUGUAUCUCUUUUUGUUCUACAUUGCAUAUCCAAAUGUCAUAUGGUAAAUGUGGCUAAUGGAAGCUCUUAGUAAGGGGGAAAAAAAUGUUACGAUCUUCCUAAAAUGUAUUUGAGACCAGAUUGAACUUUAUUUAUGUGAAAAAUCAUUCUUGCUAAAGGUGUGCUGUACCAACACACAUAUUGAGAUUCUGAAGUGUUUUCCCAGUUUUCCCUAAAUAUGUCUUCUGGUGUUAAAGUGGAUAAAUAAACUGCAUGCAAACAAUUAACUGCAUGGAAAAUGGUGUCACAAAGAUGAGAUUAGGUCUAAAAGCUUUUAUAUCAAAUCAUGCUUUGCUAGUGUCUGGUAUUAAUGUGGACUUGUCUGUAAAUUAUAUCAUUUCCAUAACUCUAAUUUUGUACUCAUAAAAAUUGUUUACUUUGUUAAUGAAAGCUGGAAAACAAUUACUCAUGGAGUAAGAAAAAACGUUCAAAGUGCCUUAAUUCUGCAAACCAAAGUUUAAGUGGAAACAUCUGAUGUGCUUUUACAUUUCUGUCUUAAAGAAAUACUCAAUAAAGAAUUUGGCUAAA